AUGAUUUCAAAUUUAAAUGAUGAUAUUGACAAUCAAGAAACAAUUUCAAAUUCAAGUACUAAUAUUGAUAAUCAAGAAAUGAUUUCAAAUUUAAGUGAUGAUAUUAACAAUCAAGAAACAAUUUCAAAUUUAACUGAAAACAUUAUUGAAAUAUUUAUAAAAGAGGCUAAUGAAGAUAUAAUGGCGAAUCCACAAAUUAAAACUGCAUUAGAAACUUUUAUUCAAAAUUAUAGAAAA